AAAGAAAAAAAGAUAAAAAACUUUAAAGAUAAACAUUAAAAUUUUGUAAAAAAAAAGAAAAGAAAUAAAAUAAUAUUAAAAUAAAAUAAAAAGAGCGCUACAUAAAACGCCCUUUAAAUUAAAUUGUCAUUAAUUGUGCUGCUAAACGUAAUGCAUUCAGUUCAAAGUGUUACUAAACAAACAAAGCUUAGUAGAAGACAACGAAGACGUCAACAUUAUUGUAAAGCGUCUAACGCAGCAGCAGCAGCAUCAUCUUCAUCAUCAGCAGCAUACGCUUCAAAGCCACACAUAAGUGGUUAUAAAGUUGCAAAAGCCUAUCGUUAUACAGUUCCUAUAGUACAUGGUAUUGUAGUAUCCAAUCUAUCAUUGGUAUUACUACAAAAAGAAUAUAUAGAACAAUUCUAUUUUGAAAAACGUAACGGUGGAGGAGGACCAGAUCCAGAUGCGUAUGCCGAUCUUAAUCGGCAUUUGAAAACAAUAGCAAAGACUAGAGCAGAUUAUCAACACUUAUCUUUGUUACAUUUUGGAUGAUUGAUAUCAAUUGGCUUAAGAUGUAUUAAAUGACAGGAAUAUUAUUGCAAAUUAAAUUCUCUGAAAAAAGUCAAUUAUAAACAAAUUUAUAAAACUUACGCUCAAGGUCUCCAAACAGCGGAGAAGAUAUUGUAUAUUGCUCCUUUAAAACAACAACAGCAACAGCAUCAAUUUAAAAGAAGACGUUUAAAAACUUGUAAACGUAAACGUUAAAAACUAAAGCAAACCCUCUCACCCCAAUCCCUGCAUACACAACCAAUCAACCAACCAACUAAUCUAAGGUGUUGAAAAUCUAUAUUGUAAUUGUUACAUUAGAAAACCUGGCUCUAGACGGAAGCAGUAAUAUCAUAUUAUAUCUAUUAAGAUUUAAAUAAAUAUUAUUGAUGGGGUUUUAUAGAUAGUUAGAAAACCAACUCGCACACACACACAAAUAAAACAAUUUGCUUAUUGUUGUAAGUUUUUCAUUUCAAACGUCGUUGUGAUCUAUUUAGUUUUUUCUUCUUUUUUUUUAAUAAUUGUUGUUCAAAAUGGAACUCAGUCAACCAAGAAUAUUGUUAAUUUCUAUUAAGCAAAUAGAAUAUGAAAGUAAUAACAGUUGCGAAUACAAUAUGAGCCGAGUUUGCCACAUUGCUCAUGUACGGGAUGUUACAGGAGCUAAGAAACUGCGAAGCUGACAUUAUCUACUACUAUACGAUGAAGAUGAUGCCAUUAUAUAGGAUCAAUUAAAUAAAUAACUAAAAAAAUAAAUAAAACGAAGAUUCAAAAACAUUGAAAUUUUUUGAAAAAAGUUAAAUAUUAUAAAAAAAAACAAAACAAUUUACUUAAUUAAACCAAAAAAAAAAAACUUUUAUAUAAGAAAAUCAUUACAAAAGUAAAAUUAAAAUUAAAAAAUCCAAAAAUUUUGAGAUUAACUUAGUGGAAAAAACGCACAAGAAUUAAUUAAAAAAAAAAAAAAAACGAAAAAAAAAAUUCAAAAUGCAAAAAUAUACCCCUCUUAAAGAUGGUGUCACAGAACACAUGACACCCCUAGACCCACCCGUAA